GCGGCGGCAGCCAAUGGCCUCGCGGCAGCGCUGCGCACUUCGCCCGCCUGGACCCGCUCUCCGCGGGGACUUGUGACGCCCCCGGGUCGGUGUGGGCGCACCUGGGCAGGGCCCGGGGACAGGGAAGCUCAUGGAGCUGGGCAGGGCCCGGGGCUGAGGACAGGGUAGCUCCUCGCACCCUGCGCACCUUCUUUUCCCACUGGUGUGUGGGGCUCUUUUUCGGCCGGGUCUUUGCCGGGCCCUGCCCUAGAUCACUGGGCGCAUCUGAAGCUCUCUGCAGGGCUCCUGUGGCCUUUGCUGCACAGGAGAGCUCCAAAGCGAACUCCGGGCUGGCAGCUGGCGCAGCUUAUGGCGUAGCAUAGUUCCUUCAGAGUACUGCUGAGGCCAGGCACGGCUCAGGACAUGGGAUGGUUCUCUCGGAGCACUGCUGAGGCCAGACUGCCUUAAUUUCCCCCCACAGCUCAUUAGUGCACCCUGACAGCCCUUGCAGCCUGGUGCAUCUCCCAUCAGCUGGCCUGGGCUGCAGGAGGGUUGCUGAAGUGUGCUGGGGCAGCAGCUCUGUGUGGCAUCUGCUGAGUACCAACAUGCUUCACUGUAGGCAUCGGUGUGGGCAUGAGGAGCACAGACCCUAGGCAAGUGUGUGAGGGGAAGGUGGGCUCGUGGCCGGGAGGACUGCGGCAGGAAAGGGGCUGAGGUCUGCGGUGUGAGAGGGUCCUCCAGCCCCUGCACAUGGCCAGUGCAGCGCUGCGUGGGGGCAUGUCACAGGCAGUGCCCUUGCUUUGGAGGAUCCACUUGUGCUGGGUUUCCCAGGCUCUGUGCCCCAGGGGAGUCUGUGCUCUGAUACUGUUCCAUGUGAGGAUCUCUCCAGGUUCUUCCCAGUGGAACAUUCAACCCCUUAUAAGAAGUUCAAGUCUCCUGGUUGAGUUGCUGCUUCUUGGUCACAGCCCCUCUCUGGUCCCCAGAUAGGAAAGCUGCUGCUCAGAAGAACUGAACUGCGCCUGAGUCAGCUCCUGGAGUAGAAGCCAGUUGAUCCCCGGUGGCUUUGUGUCUUACAGCCACGCUGCUGCCUCGGUUGUGCUCUCUAGGAACCUCAUCCCCUGCUCCUGGCACAGUCCCCAGCGGAAAUGGACGAUGGGAGGGUUUUGGAAAGCCUUGAGCACACUGUGGCCAUGGGACAACUGUUUGAACUUUCUGCUUUCACAUCAGCAACCUUUGUCCGUGGCGGGGCACAGUCAGCGUGGGCUGCAAUAGCAUUUAACCCUUGCAGAGUCGGGUCCGUUCAGCCUUCCAGCACGCAUGGGGGCUGUUUGCAGAGGGACUCUGGUUUAUCCCUGGCUGGGGAAGUGUUUUCAAGUGUGCCAGGAAGAUCAAAACAUUCCUAGAUUGCUGCUUAGAAGUUUUUGUUGUUGCAGACAAGGUCACAGCGUUCAGCUCGGUGUGUCUGGGUUCAUUUCCUUGCUGCUUUCAAGCUAAUCUGGAGGGUCCCUGGGCCACAGCGAUGAGGAAGCCUCGGCGGAGGUCCCGGCAGGCCUUGGAGGGCAGACGCUCCCCCUCGCCCUACAGCCUCAAGUGCUCCCCGACUCGGGAGACGCUGACCUAUGCCCAGGCCCAGCGCAUCGUGGAGGUGGACAUCGAUGGGAGGCUUCAUCGCAUCAGCAUCUACGACCCCUUGAAAAUCAUCACCGAGGAUGAGCUGACAGCCCAGGACAUCACAGAGUGCAACAGCAACAAGGAGAACAGCGAGCAGCCCCUCUUCCCCUCCAAAUCAAAGAAGGCACCUUCCAAAGGCAAGAAAAAGGAGUCCUGCUCCAAACGUGCACCAGGGACAUCCUUACACUUACCCCAGCCCAAAUUCCGCCUGCUGGACUCCUUCAGCCAGCCAGACGCUGCUCCUCUCCCGGCUGCCUACUACCGGUACAUUGAGAGACCUCCGGAGGACCUCGACGUGGAGGUGGAGUAUGACAUGGAUGAGGAGGACCUGGCGUGGCUGGAAAUGGUCAACGAGAAGAGGAGAGACGACGGCUACGGGACAGUGUCUGCAGACACUUUUGAGCUGCUGGUGGAUCGGCUGGAGAAGGAAUCGUACCUGGAGAGCCGCAGCAGCAGCGCUCAGCAGUCGCUCAUCGACGAGGAUGCCUUCUGCUGUGUCUGCAUGGAUGAUGAGUGCCACAACAGCAACGUCAUCCUCUUCUGUGACAUCUGCAACCUGGCUGUGCACCAGGAGUGCUACGGCGUGCCCUACAUCCCCGAGGGACAGUGGCUUUGCCGCUGCUGCUUACAGUCCCCUUCUCGGCCUGUGGACUGUGUCCUUUGCCCAAACAAAGGUGGAGCCUUCAAGCAGACCAGCGAUGGCCGCUGGGCUCAUGUGGUUUGUGCCAUCUGGAUCCCCGAGGUCUGCUUUGCAAACACUGUGUUCCUGGAGCCCAUUGAAGGGAUAAAUAACAUCCCCCCGGCUCGGUGGAAGCUCACAUGCUCCAUCUGCAAGCAGAAGGGCAUGGGAGCUGCUAUCCAGUGCCACAAGGUGAACUGCUACACUGCCUUCCACGUCACCUGUGCCCAGAGGGCUGGGCUCUUCAUGAAGAUUGAGCCCAUGAGGGAGACUGGCAUCAACGGCACGACGUUCAGCGUGCGCAAGACUGCCUACUGUGGCAGUCACUCCCCACCCAGCACGGUGAGGAAAGGGUCUUCAGCCGCUAGUGCUGAGGGGCAGGAGGAUACUGUGAAGGAGGAGAGAGAGGAGGAAGCCAAUUCUGCCCCUCCCAAAGGAUCUCUGAGAAAGAACCAGGUGAAGUUGAAGCAGAAGAUCAAAAAGGAGCCUGGCGAUGUGACCAGCGGGCGUUCAUCAGCGCCCAUGGUGACAGUCACACAAAUCCCCUCUUACAGGCUGAACAAACUCUGCAGUGGCCUCUCCCUGCAGAGGAAGAACCAGUUCAUGCAGAGGCUCCACAACUACUGGCUGCUGAAGCGGCAGGCGAGGAAUGGGGUGCCCCUGAUCCGGCGCCUGCACUCCCACCUCCAGUCCCAGAGGAAUGCUGAGCAGAAGGAGCAGGACGAGCAGACCAGUGCCGUGAAGGAGGAGCUGAAGUACUGGCAGAAGCUGCGGCACGACCUGGAGCGGGCACGGCUGCUGGUGGAACUGAUCCGCAAGAGGGAGAAGCUCAAACGGGAGCAGGUCAAGAUUCAGCAGGCUGCUAUGGAGCUUCAGCUGACCCCUUUCAACGUCCUUCUGCGCACCACGCUGGACCUGCUGCAGGAGAAGGAUGCUGCCCAGAUCUUUGCAGAGCCUGUGAACCUGAACGAGGUUCCAGAUUACCUGGAAUUCAUUUCCAACCCAAUGGAUUUUUCCACCAUGAGGCGGAAGCUGGAGUCCCACCUGUACCGAACCUUGGAUGAGUUUGAGGAAGACUUUAACCUUAUAGUUGCCAACUGCAUGAGGUAUAAUGCUAAAGACACCAUUUUCCACCGAGCAGCUGUCCGCCUCAGGGACCUGGGGGGAGCCGUUCUGCGCCACGCACGGCGGCAGGCGGCCAGCAUCGGCUUUGACCCUGCUGUGGGGAUUCACCUGCCUGAGUCACCCAAAACCAAGGACUUUUACCGCUUUUCCUGGGAGGAUGUGGAUAACAUCCUCCUCCCGGAGAACCGGGCUCACCUCUCCUUGGAGGCCCAGCUGAAGGAGCUGCUGGAGAAGCUGGACUUGGUGAGCACCAUGAGGUCCAGCGGUGCCCGGACGCGGCGCAUCCGGCUGCUGAGGCGGGAGAUCAACUCGGUUCGGCAGAAGCUGGCCCAGCAGCAGAGCAAGACCCUGCCCAACGGGGAGCCUGUGCCCUGGGAGGAGGGGCUGGAGAAGACAUCGAGGGAAGGGGAUGAGGAAGGGGAGAAAGCAGAUGAUGCCAAGCCCCCACAUCCUCCAACCCUGGAGCCCACGGGACCUGCCCCCUCCCUCUCAGAGCUGGACUCUCUGCAGGACCCUCCGAAGCUCAAACCCAUCAGUGAAAACAAGUCACUGACUCAGCUGCAGAAGAGGGUGGUGCCAGACAGGGAGCUCUUUGAGAAGCAGGCUCUGGAGCGGGAGAGCAGAGCCUUCCAGCGCCUGCUCAGCGACAGGGGCCUCAACGGGCUGGCCCUGCCCUCCUCCCACGGCCCCGACAGCCCCUGCCUGGGCGGCGUGGGCCGGCGCACCUCGGUGCUCUUCAGAAAGGCUAAGAACGGGGUGAAGCUGCAGAGGGGCCUGGACUGCCCCCUGGAGAAUGGGGAGGACCACGGGCAGAGCGGGCAGCGUUCGCCCUCCCGCCCUGCUGCGGAGCGGCCAGCGCGGAAGAGGGCACAGAGCAGGGCCUGCAGCGAGAGCGAUGGAGAGAAGUCCCCCAGGCAGGCAGGGCAGAGAGGAGUCACCAACGGCUUUGCGAAGCACACCGAGAGCAGCUCUGACUCCGAGUGCAGCUCUGGCCUGGGUGCUGGGCUGGCAUUUGAAGCCAGCAGUUUUCCUCCUCCUGGCAGUGGGCUGAUGCCCCCCAAGCGCAGCCGCGGGAAGCCAGCUCUGUCCCGGGUGCCCUUCUUGGACGGGGUGAAUGGAGACUCCGAGCACAGCAGCUCAGGUAGGACUCUCCUGAUGGCCUUUGAGAGUCAGGAUGAGCUGGAGCCCUUGGAGCUGGUGUGGGCCAAGUGCCGUGGUUACCCUUCCUACCCUGCCCUGAUAAUCGAUCCCAAGAUGCCACGUGAGGGUUUGCUCCACAAUGGAGUCCCCAUCCCAGUCCCACCCAUGGAUGUGUUGAAGCUUGGGGAGCAGAGGCAGACUGAGGCAGAAGAAAAGCUCUUCCUGGUUCUUUUCUUUGACAACAAGAGAACCUGGCAGUGGCUUCCACGGGACAAAGUCUACCCCCUGGGUGUGGACGACACCGUGGACAAGCUGAAGAUGAUGGAGGGUCGCAAAACCAGCAUCCGCAAGUCGGUGCAGGUGGCCUACGACCGCGCCAUGAGCCACAUGAGCCGCGUGCGGGGGGACCACCCCUUCCUCACCUCCUCCUACCUGUAGGGCCCGGCGGUGCCUCGGCCCCCUUUAGCCUCCAGACCCCUCCGUGGCGGCAGAGAGGAGCAUCUUGAGCCUCCGUGGUGGCGGAGAAAGGCAUCUGAAGCCUCCGUGGUGGCAAAGGAGCAUCUGGAGCCCCCAUCGUGGCAGAGAGGAGCAUCCUGAGCCUCCGUGGUGGCAGAAGAGAGCAUCCUGAGCCUCCGUGGUGGCAGAGAGGAGCAUCCUGAGCCUCCGUGGUGGCAGAGAGGAGCAUCCUGAGCCUCCGUGGUGGCAGAGAGGAGCAUCCUGAGCCUCCGUGGUGGCAGAGAGGAGCAUCCUGAGCCUCCGUGGUGGCAGAAGAGAGCAUCCUGAGCGCUGCCUCUCACCUCUGGCUGGGGGAUGCUGUUCCCAGCAGUUCUCAGCACUCCUCUGACUACCCUGCAAUGUGCCAAAAAAAUGCCUGCCCAGCUUCUUUCUGAAUGUGUCUUGCUGAAGAGCUGGCAGGAGCUGAAACGUAGAGUCCAGAGGGCCAGGAGUGAGUGAGGUGGGAGAAGGUGAUAAGGGGGGGACCAAGGGCAGGGAAGCAAUCAGCCCUUGGCUACCCAAACCUCACACAGGUCUCUGCCUCCUCUCUCCCCACUGCUUGGUGGAGGUUUGGAAGUCAUUCCCUAACCUUGAGUCAUUGACCCACUGGAACCAAACCAGGCCCAAAAAUUCCCAACUGGACCUUUUUUUUUUGUGCCAAAUCUAACCCAAUUUGCAUUUUACUGGGGGGAGUUUAUGACAUUGAUUGUCUCAUCUCAUGAAAGGGGAGGGGGGUGGAAAUAGCAGCUGGGAGCUCCUGUUGGGAUCUUCCCACCUAUGCUUGUGGUUUUCUGCUCUGUGAAUAGGGGUGCAGCAGAGGGGAAGGUGACCAAAGGUCACCUCUGCUGCACCCCCAUGCACAGAGCUUUAAACAUGACUUUUGUGCCUCCCCUAGCAGCUGAUUUUGACCAUUUCAACCCUGAUUUUUGUCACCCUGCUCCCUCCCAAGCCUGUUUUUCGUCUCAUGGUUGUAGUGCAGAAAGGAAAACCUCCUUUGUGUGGUUUGUUGUUUUGUUUUUCUUUCUUUUGAGGACACAAAAACCUUUCAUUUUGGAGGUGUCUGAGGAGCUGGAGCAGCUCUGAGGACGCUGAGGUUGAUCAGGGUUGGAGGGAGAUGCAUCUUUUGGUGGUGGUUUCCACACAUUUGGGUGUAGGACUCCUUUUCCUUUCUUCCUUUUUGGGUUUUUAUCCCUUUCUCUGAUGUUUUUCCUCUGGCUUAAAGCCAAGAGCAGCACAUCACCAUUUCUGCCUUUUCACCUCCUCCCACACCCACACAUCCUUCCCACCAAGGGCUGUGUGUGGUGGGGAGGGGGUU